AUCAUAUCAUGCAUCUCGCAGCAACCGCCUAUCCAAUGAUGAUGGCCAAUGGCAAGGCACCUAGUACUUUAUCUACGGUUGAUACUCUCCACUCAAAUCCUCGCAUGUUCGGCAAUGCGCUCUAUCGCAAAAAAUGGUCAGAGAAAUAUAGCAUGACAAAAAGCAGAAAGGUGAAUGAUGAUUUUCAUGAUAUUUCGAAUUUCCGAUCGUAUCAGCCUGUGUUUGUAGUAUAACC